AUGGUGGUGGAUAUAAGCUCGCCGAUCAACCUGGUGAGUGACUUUAGCUCGGGCCUGUUUGCUAAAACUCCCAGCGAAGAGAGCGGUGGGGGCGGUAGAGCCGGGGGAACACCUCCGCUUACCGCCUCCUCUCUCUCCCAGGACUCCAGCAAUCCUCAGAUUUCACCUGGUCCAGGAGGGUUUAUGGGGCGGUCUUCCGUGGGUACGUUCAUCAGGCAGCAACCGUUGACGUCGUCAGGUAGCAGCAGCGUGGACAGCAGUCGAGGUAGCAAAACGUCGACCACCGCUCCUCGAUUGGACUACCGUAGCAUGGUCUCUGUCGAAGAUAUGCCCGAGCUGUUUGUCAGUUUCGAC